GAGGAGUCGCGGCGUCCAGGUUCAGAGGCAGGCGCACACCGGCAGGACAUGUCCACAUAGACGCGAGUGAUAAUGUCUUCCCCGUGCAUGUGCUCUCACAAUUUCAUUCCUUGAGACUCGCCACUUCGGACGGGAAAGAAGGACGACUGCUGUUCCCCACGGACGUUUGGUGAUAAUGAAGAAGUGAGCCGCUCCAUCAACUCAACCUCUACGAGCUGCGCUGACUCCCCGUCGGGCCCCUUUGAACCCACGCGCCGCCAGACUCGUGCAAGCCGCGCGAAACGGGCGAAGUUGAACAAAGGCGACGUUCCGCAGCGCCUUUCGCCUCCCGAGCCCGCCAGCCGCAACGACUUUCCACUCCUUCGCCCCUUUGAUUGCUUUGUCAAAUGCCCAAAAACAGCAAGGCCGUCAAGAGAGAGCUUGACGACGAUGUCACAGAGUCCGUCAAAGACCUGCUUUCCAACGAGGACGCCUGCGACGAUUCCUUCAAGAAGAGCUCGCUGAUCGUCAACAACCAUGGCGGGGAAGGGAAGGAGUGCGACGUGGAGGAAGGGGGCUCGGACGGCGAGGAGGAGGAGGAGCGGCCGGCCUGGAACAGCAAGCUCCAGUACAUCCUGGCCCAGGUGGGCUUCUCUGUAGGCCUGGGCAACGUCUGGAGGUUCCCCUACCUGUGUCAGAAGAACGGCGGGGGAGCGUACCUGGUGCCCUAUCUCAUCCUGCUGAUAUUGAUUGGCAUCCCGCUGUUCUUCCUGGAGCUCGCUGUGGGACAGCGCAUCCGCCGGGGCAGCAUCGGGGUGUGGAACUACAUCAGCCCUCGCCUGGGGGGCAUCGGCUUCGCCAGCUGUGUGGUGUGCUUCUUCGUGGCCCUCUACUACAAUGUCAUCAUCAGCUGGAGUCUCUUCUACUUCUCCCAGUCCUUCCAGCAUCCUCUGCCAUGGCACGAGUGUCCACUGGUCAAGAACAAGUCAAGCACAUUUGUGGUGCCGGAGUGUGAGAAGAGCUCGGCCACCACCUACUAUUGGUACCGCGAGGCCCUGAACAUCUCCGACAGCAUCUCCGAGGGCGGCGGACUCAACUGGAAGAUGACCCUGUGCCUGCUGGCUGCCUGGUCCAUGGUUUGCCUCGCCAUGAUCAAGGGAAUCCAGUCUUCUGGGAAGGUGAUGUACUUCAGCUCCCUGUUCCCGUACGUCGUGUUGAUCUGCUUCCUGAUCCGGGCUCUGCUCCUGAAGGGCUCCGUGGACGGCAUCCGACACAUGUUCACACCCAAGCUGGAGAUCAUGCUGGAGGCCAAGGUGUGGCGGGAGGCGGCCACGCAGGUGUUCUUCGCGCUGGGCCUGGGCUUCGGCGGCGUCAUCGCCUUCUCCAGCUACAACAAGCGCGACAACAACUGCCACUUUGACGCCGUCUUGGUGUCGCUCAUCAACUUCUUCACGUCCGUGCUCGCCACCCUGGUGGUGUUCGCCGUGCUGGGCUUCAAGGCCAACAUCAUGAACAGCAAAUGUGUCGCACUGAACACCCAGAAGAUUGUGGAUUUGCUGGGGAACCGCAUUGACGGAGGGCUGAUCCCCCACCACAUCAACCUCACUCAGGUCAGCCAGGUCAGCGCCGAGGACUACCACCAGAUGAUCGACAUCAUCAAAGGGGUGAAGGAGGACGAGUUCCCCAAACUGGGACUGGAAUUCUGCAGCAUUGAGGGCGAGCUCAAUAAGGCAGUCCAAGGCACGGGCUUGGCCUUCAUCGCCUUCACGGAGGCCAUGACCCACUUCCCGGCCUCGCCCUUCUGGUCCGUCAUGUUCUUCCUCAUGCUGAUCAACCUGGGCCUCGGCAGCAUGUUCGGCACCAUCGAGGGCAUCCUCACGCCGCUGAUCGACACCUUCAAAGUCCGCAAGGAGUUUCUCACAGUGGGAUGCUGUGCGUUGGCCUUCUCCAUCGGCCUCCUGUUUGUCCAGCGCUCAGGGAACUACUAUGUGGCCAUGUUCGACGACUACUCGGCCACGCUGCCCCUGCUCAUCGUGGUCGUCCUGGAGAACGUGGCCAUCGCUUGGGUUUACGGGAUUGACAAGUUCUUUGAAGACCUGAAGGACAUGCUGGGCUUUACGCCGUACCGCUUCUACUACUACAUGUGGAAGUACAUCACGCCCAUCCUGCUGCUGGUCCUCCUGUGCUCCAGCUUCAUCCAGCUGGCCAUGACGCCGCCCAGCUACAGUGCCUGGAUCGAGGAAGAGGCCAAGGAGCAGACCUUGCGCUUCCCCGUGUGGGGCAUCGUCGUCUGCAUCUCCCUGGUGGUGAUGGCCAUCAUGCCCGUGCCGGUGGUCUUCUGCCUGCGCUACUUCAACAUCAUCGACGACAACACCAGCAGCCGCUCCGCCGUCGCCUACAAGAAGGGCCGCAUCAUCAAGGAGAGCGCCCGGCCGGGGGAGGACGACGACUCCAGCCUGAUCCAGGGCAAGUCGCCCAGCGAGGCGCCCUCACCGAUGCCCGGCAACAGCAUCUACCGCAAGCAGAGCGGCGGCGGCCCCGAUGUGGACACCGCACCCAACGGCCGCUAUGGAAUCGGUUACUUGAUGGCCGACAUGCCGGAUAUGCCCGAGUCAGACUUAUAAGACUGACUGUGAUCGUAAGCCCGGCCCGGCAUUACCGGCUGGCCACAUCUCCCCUCCACCCCUCUUGCGUGCGUUUAGUUGGCUGUAUCAUCAGUGUAUAUUUCACUUGUACUGUAUAUUCUCUGUAGAUAUCGUAGCUGCUCUCUUUUUUUUUUUGUCGUCUCUGAACCUUUUAUGUGAUCGUCUACUUAACAAGAAGCGGGGGUUUUAAAAACGUCGCCCCCGUUCCAUCCUCGACCCGUUUGCUCGGCGGCGUUCCAAACUCAUCUCGUUCUCCCCGCCCUCACAUCAGUCAAUUCAAACAGCGAGAGGAUGGCCUCCAGAAACCAGCCCCCCCCCCCACGACUGUUUGAGACAAGUGUGCCUAAGUAAUUUAUAUUUGUUUAUAGAAUACAUGACGGACGUUGUAUAUUUAAGGUAUUCUGUAAAUAUAAUAUAAAUAUUAUAAAUAUAUUUAUCUUGAUAGUUUGGAUAUCAGAGCACCGUGUUUUUAAGGGUUCAGGCGAACUUCAAUUCCUUAACUCUCGUCUCUUUGUUUUUUACUAAUGUGCUGAUGUCGACGUUCGUGGGGACCGAGUCCUCCGUGUAAAUAUUUUUUUCCAUGAAAUGGCUUCGAAUGCAAUGUCUUUUUUCCCCCUGUUGAGAUUAAAGCUCAAAUGUGGUCCACCGUGAAA